GCGCCGGGGUUUGUUUCAUUUGAAAAGAGUCAGCCAACAGUCGCUUCUCUGCAGGCAGGGAAAACGCGCGCAAAAUUCUAAGCCAGUGCGCGUGGUCGGAAACACCUGUCCGGUAAUAUGUACUCACCACCCAGAGCAAAAAAAAGCAUCAGAGGUUGAAGACGCUGCCGUUUGACCAAUUUUGAUGGUGAAAUAUGAUUUCGUGUAAUUUGCGCAGAUGGAUGUAGUGCAAUAAUAAGCAGUUGAAGAUAAAGUGUGAUUUUGUCAUGUGAAUGUCAAUGUGAUUUUUUGAUGUACUGUUACGUAGCAACAGACAAGCCACUGCGGGUUUAUUUCGGAUGGCAUUUAAGAUAGUGAGCAAUCGAAUGAAGUGCUGUAGUUGAGAUCGACAAGUUGAAUAAUUAGGUGACACAAGUGCUUUUCGAGGGCAGAAAGGGAAGAGAUUUGCCUCUCAAGAGUGAAGCACAUGCGCUUAUCUCUUAUCGCUGGUUUGUGUAUUGUCUGUUAUAAAGCCAAUAGACGUGUUUUAUGAUAUGUGAAAAAAUAAGGCAGAUGAGUUUAUGAUAAGCCAGGAGGAAGAAAAAAAAAUAGUUAAACGUGACAGUCAUUCAGGUGAUGGUCCUUGAGCUGCUGAUCCGUUGAAAGAUACAGCAAAAAGCUAAACGGCCUGAUGUGAUACGAUGCCGACGCGACUUGACCAGCAACCUAUUCAAUAGUGCAUCUGUUAAGAGGGUUCUACGUGCGAGAAACAGCGUGCCGUGAUUCAUUGAAGACGAAUAGCUUGUUAAAUUGUGAAGCUUUAGUACUUGUCCAUUAAUUACCAUAUAGGAGAUGAUGAUGACCUGCAACAAUCGGCAUCGCAGCGUGCGAUGGAACCUGCUACAAACUAUAGUCGGUUUGGCCUUGUUGACAGCGACCGCGGUCCACGGUCAAUUGGUCAGCUCAGAUUGUGAUUCAGCAAAGUGUCCCCCAGCCAUUGACAUUCCGGAUACGUUACUUCAGGUGGGCGAACGGGCGGGUAGACAAAUGGUCAACUGUUGCGAAGUGACGCAAAUCUUCUGCGACCAGAGUGCGUGUCCUUCGAGAAUUCGGUUCUGCGACGAGGAAAGGAAAAUCCGACCAAAGAUUGUCGAAGGAAGGUGUUGCAAUGUGGAUGAGUGUGAUAACAUCACACGGUCCGAGAAGUGUGAGGUGGUGAUCAACGGGACCAUUACCAGGAAGCAGAUUGGUGAAAAGUGGUUCAGCAUGGUCAACAGCACAACGUGUAUGAACUUCGAAUGCUUGAGCAGCGAAUCAUCGGAACCGUUUGUGAAUUCGAUUGGGAUCACAUGUAACUCCAGAUGUCCUGAGGGCUUCGCGCUACAAUACUCCAUCCAACAUUGCUGCCCGCAGUGUGUCCAGGCGAUGUGCCGUUUCAACGAUCGCUUCUACUCGGAAGCCGAAUCCUGGGAAAGUCCGGAUGGAUGUUUGCGGUAUCGCUGUGUCAAUGAGAACGGGUUACUUUCGAUCACUUCCGAACGGAAGCAGUGUCCCAUGAUGAUGGACUGUCCACCGGAGAAUGUGAUAGAACAGAACUGCUGUAGCGCGUGUAACAUCACGAUGGUCGAUCCGGUUACGCCAAUGCCGCGAACAGGAAUCGAAUAUUACGAUGAACUUGACUACUCGGACCAUGAAUGCAAACGGGAAUGCAUGAGGGGUAGAAAGCCGAUGACGUGCUACUAUAGAUUCAAGAUGGAGUGGUAUGAAACGAUGAGUAAGGCAUGCUAUGAGUGCCCGUACAACGCUACGGAUUGUGGUCGUCCGCAUUGUAUUGCUGCGGAUGGAGUUAGAAGGAGCGUAAUAGUUAUUAAUAGGAUGAUGCCAGGACCGUCUAUUGAAGUAUGCGAGAAUGAUAUCAUCACAGUUGAUGUGGAGAACCAUCUCAUGGGUGAUAGUACUACCAUUCAUUGGCAUGGACUGCACCAGAAAAAGACUCCUUACAUGGACGGAGUUCCACACAUAUCACAGUGUCCGAUCAGUCCGGGGACCACGUUUAGGUAUACCUUCAAAGCAGACAAUCCGGGUACGCAUUUUUGGCACUCGCAUACCGGAAUGCAACGUGGCGAUGGAGCAUUUGGACCACUCAUCAUCAGAAGAGACAAUGAUCCUCAGAAGAUAAUGUACGAUUACGAUCUUUCGGAACACGUGAUAACCGUUCAAGAUUGGGGUCAUCAAGCUGGAAAUCAAAUGUUUACAGCCCAUCAUCACUCCACGGGUGACAAUAAACCGCCAAACAUAUUGAUCAAUGGACGGGGGAAAUAUUUCAAACGGUAUCCUAAAAUUUCAAGCAUUACUACUACAACUAGGACUACGAACCGUCCUACCUCAAAAACCGAGAACGAUGCCGAACUGAUUCAGAAUUCAGCAGAUAGCAACCUUAAACUUGAGAUGAACUUUGCGGAGCUAAUCAACGCGAGAAGGACCAAUAGUUCAACACGAUCGUUAAGUCGUGCGAAACGACAAUCCCGGACUGUCAACUUUAACGCUGUAGUAGUUCCGGAAUCGGAACAUAUUCCGCUGAAAGUGUUCUACGUUGAACCCAAGAAGCGCUACCGCUUCCGAUUGAUCAAUGCUGAAUUCUUGAACUGCCCGGUAGAGGUAUCUGUAGAAGGUCACAACCUGACCGUAAUUUCGUCGGAUAGUUUCGACAUCAAUCCGGUGGAGGACCUGGCUUCGUUUGUGAGUUACGCAGGUGAAAGGUUCGAUUUCAUCCUACGGGCCAAUCAACCUGUAGGAAACUAUUUGAUGCGGUUCCGUGGGUUGAUGGAUUGUGAUGAACGAUUUACUUCAGCCUAUCAGGUGGCAGUCCUGCGGUACAGAGGAGCACCCGAAGUGGAAUAUGACGCGUGGCCAAGCUAUGAUUUCCCACUGGAAGGGAUGCAACUGAAUUCGCUCAACAAAGGAACGGGGAAUGUAGAGACGUUAUCGAUUGCAGAGACUACGUCUAGGGAUCAGGAAGACCUACUGCUGCUAAAAGAAAAGACUGAUUUUAAAUUUUACGUUUAUUACGAUUUCUAUGCUAAGAAUAACCCGCAUUUCCACGUGCCGGAUUUGUAUGGGUUUAAGGAUGUGAUCAACAACACCAACCGACUGUACACCCCUCAGCUGAACCACAUUUCAAUGCGGAUGCCGAAAAUUCCAAUGAUGCCGGGAAAGGACGAGCUUGACGAAAGCCUUUUCUGCAAUGCAAGCUCCCUGAUGGAACAGGGCAUCAACUGUCGGGAGGAGUUUUGCGAGUGUAGCCACGUGCUUCAAGUACCACUCAAUUCAUCCGUGGAGAUGGUGCUGAUAGACGAGGGAUUCACAUUCGACGCCAAUCAUCCGUUCCAUCUGCAUGGUCAUGCCUUCCGUGUGGUUGGAAUGGAACGGUUGGCAGGGAACAUUUCCGCCGAGGAGGUGAAACGACUAGAUGAGGAGGGAAAGAUCAAACGACGGCUGAAGGGUGCCCCGAUUAAAGAUACGGUCACCAUUCCGGACGGCGGUUAUACCAUUAUUCGGUUCAUUGCGAACAAUCCGGGCUACUGGUUGUUCCAUUGUCACAUCGAGUUCCACGCGGAGAUUGGGAUGGCACUCGUCUUGAAGGUGGGUGAUAAAUCGGAAAUGGUUGCAGUUCCACCGAACUUUCCAACUUGUUACGAUUAUACGCCUGAUUUGGGAAAACAGUAUUCCGGUGGACAGCAAGCGUUGUCCGCCAAAAAAAGUGCCUUCCAGCGAUUAGCAUUAGCAGCAAUUACAGUGGCACUGUUAUCGAAGAUGGUGGUGUGUUUGUGA